UUUUUUUAAUAUACACUGUGAUGCUGGCACUGUGAAUUUUUUUUGUAACUGGUUUCGUUCAUUUAUGCCACACUAUUUCACAUUCAUGUGUUUGUAGAAAUCUUGUGCUCGGUGCAAAAGUCUUACUGCACAUUUGCAUAAGGAAGUGUGACAGCAGUGAUGUUAUCUGUGGGCCUGAUGGGUGGACAGGGAGUGGCACAGGGAAAAAAAACAAAUGCGUGUAUUGUGUAGGCUUGCCCAAUGUAUGAAAGUGUAAAAUCGUGAAGAGGAAUGGAGUGAGAGUGAAACUGGUGAGAAAGGUCAACGCUUUAUGAAGAAGAAUGACCGAUCUCGAACGUCGGAGGUCCAGCUCAAAUUCCGAGGUCUACAGCCAGCUGCUUUCUUCAAGGGAGAAUGCAGUGCUUUUUGCUCUGCUGGGAUCCACAUGCUCGGCACUGGCAUCAGCUGUCGUCCAGGUGUAUGAGGGCACCGCAGAGCCAAGUGGCCAGAGCACAACCUGGAACCUGAAAGACAGUGGGGUAGUGUGCCUAGUUCAGGACAAGUGCAUGCAAUCCCACUUCCUUCGUCUUUACAGUGUCAAGAGAGGAAAACUGCUGUGGGAACAGGAGCUGUACACCACAUUCACAUAUUCUGCACGCCGGCCUUUUUUCCACACCUUCCCAGCAGAUGAUUGCCAGGCGGCCCUGAACUUUGCGGACGAGGAGGAAGCCGAACGGUUCCGCUCUGCUGUGGAGAAGCAGCUGCAGCACAUCAAGGAUGCAAGACAUGGCACUAGGCAACACAUGUUCCGGACAGAGAGCUUAGACUCCUCCUGCAGCAGGAAGUACAAACGAAAGUCAAACCCUUCCUUCCUUACCAUUCAGAGCAGCUUCAGACAACCCACGAGUGGAGGCUUGGACCCAGAUCAAGUCGGACUGGAGGCCACGCAAAAUGAAACACUGAAAACAGCAGCUUCAGCACAGACCCUGCCCCGGUCCAGAGAUUCCCCCACAACAAGGGUCUCAAGAAAGGGGCCACUUCCCCCACUGCCCUCAUUGGUGGGGCAGGAUGGCAAAAACACCUCGGGGGGCCUGACACGUAAUGUGAGCACUCAGGACUUUUCCAAGGGGCCUCACAGCAGCCCACCCUCACCUAUUCCUUUCUCCAUGGACAGCAUACCCCCACCUCCACCCAUUCCUGCACCCAAAUUACAAACUGCUCAGUUACCACCUAAUUGAACACUAUUCUUCUUGAUCCCUGAGCACUGCACCCACUCUUGUAGGUCCUGUGUAAGAAGUAUGAAAUGUCUUUUUGUUAUAUUUAGCAUGCUAUGAAAUGUGUGCAAUGUGGGUCAACAGGUAGUGUGGUGGUUAGUGCCACAGCCUUUAGCUG